ACAGCGCAAGAACUGUCAAAUUCUCCCAUAGUCACUACCAAAUACAUUCACGGUCUACGAAUUUUAUUAUUUUAUAUUAUCGUGAAGAGUUACAUUUAUUUUCAUUUUGUGUCUGUUAAACAAGUGAUUAUUCGUUUCGUAGCCAUCUUUAUCAAUCGCUAAUCCUCUUUCUUACUCUGAGCCGGCGAGCAUUUCGAAACUCUAAUCACCGGCUGGAGUGUGAUGAGUAAGAAAUUGAAUGGGACAAGCGUAUCAUCCCACUUUACCUAGUUACUUUCUUCGUUUUUUUGUCAAUCAAGAUUAAUCCAGUGGGUGACGAGUUGUAAGGUUUCAAUUAUACCGGAAGUUACUGGUCAUGGAUGAAAUUGAUAAUAUUAUUUUUCACUCGCUACGGCAAAUUGGUUGCAAUCUUGACGAGGAGGUUAGCAGUUUUGAUGAAAUUAGUCCCUCGCAACUGGUUCCCAUUGUAUCAAAAUGUAUCGCACUGAUAGACCCCAGUUUAGAUCUGCCAAAGUCAUUACCUCCAGGAAUGGCUCAACGCUUUACGACUACCGCGAGUUUAGCGGAAGCAUGUCGGACAAUCGGUUACCGAAGGGAAAUUGGCUAUCAGACGUUUCUUUACUCGAACGUGACUGAGGUACGUCGCGUGAUGAUGUUUUUGAUCGAGCGGCUUCCCAAAGAUUCCUCGGACAAAACCGGAGGAUCGGGUCAACCAGUAGAUUGCACAACAGAGUUGGAAACUCAAAUCACUGCUAGUUUACAAAGCCAGCUGCAAGCACCCUGGAUGCCGGAAUUCUGUCGAUUUGGAGCUCUGGAAAGUUUACCCAGCACAAGCACCAAUGCAUCACAAGCACGAGUUGCGUUCCGGCAGUUUGUCCCGAAAAAAAUCAAUAUCCCGUUUGUGACCCAUAGCGACGUGGUGGAUGAACUUAAACAAUUUUGGUCUCUUCACAAACUGGAGUCUCUAGACGAUGACAACAUGAUUCCCACGGUGAUUGCAGCUAACGAUGGAGCGAUCAAAUCUAACGUGUCUGGCGGAACUGAUGAAGUGGAUCGUCAUGUUGAAAUGUCGACAGCAUCCGAAAAGUUACUUGAAUAUUACGGCUCAACCAAUAAGUCAACUCAACGAAAAUCUCCCCAGAAAAUUUCUUCCGCCAGUCCUUCGAACACAACAGGUCCUACACAGCUCGUUGCAUCAGCAACAGCCAGUUCAAAAACAGGAAUAAGUCCACUAGAGUCACUGCAUACAGAAAUGGAUCAGAUACAAGUGGAAAUUGAACGAAUUGUGGCACAGUGCGAUGAACUUGAAGUGAGUCGCCAACAGCUCAACGACACGAUAGAAGAACACCGGAGAGCAUUAGCCACACUGAGAGAUGAAAAAAAGUUCAAAGAACGCACUCAUAUUUUACUCGAAGAUCCGGAGGUGAACGUUAGAAAAUUGGAAGGGAUUAUAGCGGCAGGUGGCGAGCGAAUGCGUAAACUGCAGGAUCAGUGGAAUGCACACCGAACACCGCUGUUGGAAACUCUGGACGCCUAUCGGGCGAGGGAUUCCAAUAAACAGUCGAAAGUUCAGCCGCUCUUGGAUCAGAUCGAAGCGACCCGAUUGAAAUGCGAGCAAGUGGUCACCGACCUGCAAACCAAAAGUGCCAUGCAUCUGCGCCUUCAGCAAGAGUUUGAAAAACUGAACAAAACGGUCAGUCGUACAGCGUACACCAGCCGCAUCCUGGAGAUCGUUGGUAAUAUUCGUAAGCAGAAGACUGGCAUCGAUAUGAUUCUGCAGGAUACGCGAACAUUACAGAAGGACCUCAACACCAUCACGGGGCAACUUGAUCGUCAGUUCACCGUGACGGAUGAUCUAAUUUUCCGAAAUGCAAAGAAAGAUGAACAUUCGAAGCGAGCAUACAAAUUGUUGGUCACACUGCAUUCGGACUGUGCGGAGUUGAUCGGAUUAGUGCAGGAAACGGGAUCGAUAAAGCGGGAAAUCCGCGAUCUUGAAGAUCAAAUCGAAAACGAAAAGGGCAGGAAUACGGCAGCAAAUCUUGCCCAGAUAACAAACGAUUUAACCGAAAUGCAAAACGAGAGCCAUCGUUUGGAGGAAAGCAUACGUAGACUGGAGGAAGCCUCACGUGAACAAGUACAGUGAGUAGUUUUUAUCUUAGCAAGUAUAAUUUUUUAAAACAAUAUUCACACGUAAGACAACAAUUUUACGAAAAGCGUUACGUAAAAGAACGAAUUGUGAUUAGGGCUAGAUUUAAAAUCGAUCAAAAUAGAUUAAUUGUUUGCGCGGAACCUUCCAAACACACAUACAUUCGGUACGAGAUACUCAAAAACACUAAAGUGCCCAUUAAAGCCAGCUUUAUUCAUU